AUGGAAUCUCCUGUUGAAGAAUUAGAAAAACUUUUACUUUGGGACCCAGUUGAUGAUGUACGCAUUGUAGGAAUUUGUGGCAUGGGUGGAAUCGGAAAGACUACUCUCGCUACGGUUUUAUUCGAUAGAGUCUCUCAUCAAUAUGAUGCCAAGUGUUUUAUUGAUGAUGUAAGUAAAGCUUAUAGGGAUUGUGGUACAAUUGGUGUACUAAAGCAGCUGCUUCAACAAACUCUAAAUGAAGAAAACCUUCAGAUAUGCAAUCUUUAUAACGCAGCCAAUUUGAUGCAAAGAAGGCUACGUUAUGUAAAGACACUUAUAGUUCUUUAUAAUGUUGAUGAUGUUGAACAACGAGAGAAAUUAGUUGUGAAUCGUGAAUGGUUAGGUGCAGGAAGUAGAGCCAUCAUAGUUUCCAGAGACAAGCACGUGUUAAAAGAGUUUGGAGUGACUACAGUGUACAAUGUUCCACUCUUUAAUGGUCCUGAUUCUCUUAAAUUGUUCUGUAAAAAGGCUUUCAAUAGUGAUGAGAUUGUAGGAGAUUACAAAGACUUGACACAUGAUGUGUUAGAACAUGCUAAGAACCUACCACUGGCAAUUAAAGUACUAGGUUCAUUUUUGUGUGGAAGAAGUGUGUCAGAGUGGAGAAGUGCCUUGGUUAGAUUGAAAGAAAUUCCUAACAAAGAUAUUUUAGAUGUGCUUCAAAUUAGUUAUGAUCGACUAGAAGAUUCUGAAAAACAAAUAUUUUUGGACAUUGCUUGUUUCUUCAGCGGGUAUGAGGAGUUGUAUGUGAAGAAAGUUCUUGAUUGUCGAGGAUUGCACUCUGAAAUUGGAAUAAGAGUCCUCCUUGAUAAGUCACUCAUAGACAACUCACAUGGAUGCAUUGAAAUGCAUGGUUUGUUGAAGGAUUUAGGCAGGAAAAUUGUUAAAGGCAAUUCUCCCAAAGAGCCAGGAAAGUGGAGUAGGUUGUGGGUACAUGAAGAUUUCUACAAUACGUCCAAGGCAACAGAAACAACAAACACUGAAGGAAUUGUUUUAGAGAUGUCAAUAGAGAUGAAAGUAUUGAUGACUGAUGCUGAAGUGUUGUCCAAAAUGAGUAACCUUAGGUUGCUCAUACUCCAUGGUGUGAACUUUAUGGGAAGCCUUAAUUGCCUCUCCGAUAAAUUACAAUAUCUUGAGUGGUUUCACUACCCUUUCUCCUAUUUACCAUCAAGUUUUCAGCCCAACUCACUGAUUGAAUUGAUCUUGAGACGUAGCAACAUCAAACAACUAUGGAAAGGCACAAAGUAUCUGCCAAAUUUAAGAGUUUUGGAUCUCAGUGAUUCCAAGAAUAUUACUAAGGUUCCAAACUUUAGAGGGGUUCCAAAUCUUGAGCGGAUAAUUCUUGACGGUUGCACAAAACUUGCGUGGAUCAAUCCAUCAGUUGGUCUUCUAAAAAGGCUUGCUUUCUUAAGUUUGAAAAACUGCAUUAAUCUAGUAAGUCUACCCAGCAAUAUAUUGGGCUUGAAUUCUCUUGAAUAUCUGAACAUCUCUGGCUGUCCAAAAGUAUUUAGUAACCAGAUGUUAGAUAAACCAAUUCGUGAGGAGCAUUCUAAGAUUCUUGGUAUCAGGGAAACUGGCAUGCAAUCCCAAUCAACAUCCUCUUCUAUCAUCAAGAAAUUUAUAUCUUUCAAUUUCUGCUGCACUAAAGGGUAUAAAAGUUCAGGUGGUUGUUUGUUGCCUUCCUUGCCUACCUUCUUUAGUAUGCAAGACCUUGAUUUAAGUUUCUGCAAUCUAAGUCAAAUCCCUGAUGCUAUUGGAUCCAUGCAUUCUUUAGAAACCUUAAAUUUAGGGGGGAACAACUUUGUUAGCCUCCCUUCGAGCAUCAGCAAACUGUCAAAACUCAUAUAUUUAAACUUGGAGCAUUGCAAGCAAUUGAGAUUUUUUCCUGAGAUGCCAUCACCUACUGCUUUGCCUGCUAUAAGAGGAACGUACACUGUUGCUCCUUAUGGAAGGGGAUUGUAUAUCUUCAAUUGUCCAAAAAUAGUUGAUAUUGAAGGUUGUCAUGGAAUGACUUUUGCAUGGUUGUUACAAAUCCUUCAGGUGAGCCAAAAAUCAGGUACCCCAAUUGGUUGGAUUGAUAUUGUUCUUCCUGGUAAUCAAAUACCAAGAUGGUUCAGCAAUCAAAGUCUUGGUACUUCAAUAAGCUUAGACCCAUCCCCCAUUAUGCAUGACAAUAACUGGGUUGGCUUUGCUUGCAGCGUGCGAUUUAGUUACAGCUGGAUUGCAUCACUUAUGGCUACUCUACUUGACUAA